UCUACAACAACAGAGACCUCCACAAUCACAACUCCUGCACAAACAUCUAAAACAACAGAGACCUCCUCAAUCACAACAUCUCCUGCUGAAACACCAACCACAAGUGUAGCACAAACAUCUACAACAACAGAGACAUCCACAAUCACAAUGACACCUGCUAAAAUAUCCACCACUAGUUCAGGAGAAAUAUCUACAACAACAGAAACCUCCACAAUCACAACAAAACCUUACUCAUUACCUGCAACAACUACUGCAAAUAUAAUACCUGCGGUGACAAUAAAGAUGCAGUUCACGUCUUCAGACUCAUUUGUAAAUGAACUCAAUGAUCCUAUGUCCCAAGUUUACAAAGACAGGGUGAAGCGAGUCAAGGAAAUACUUGAAAUCCUCUUCAAAAGCAUCUUUCCUUCCUUUUUAAGAGCGAAUGUCCUAAGAUUCAGACCGGGAUCAGUCAUCACAGAGAUAGAAUUACUCUUCAAUGAAACACAAUCUGCACCAUCAUCUAAAAUGAUUCAAACCACAUUACAAGAUAACUCAACUGUCAGUGCACUCAACGUUAUUGCUGACUCCAUCAUAGUCAAUGACAGCUCUACAAUCACAACAACUUCUCCUGAAACAUCCACCACUAGUGAAGCACAAACAUCUACAACAACAGAAACAUCUACAAUCACAACAACUCCUGCUAAAACAUCUACAACAACAGAGACCUCCACAAUCACAACUCCUGCUCCAUCUACAACAACAGAGACCUCUACAAUCACAGAAACUGCUCCAUCUACAACAACAGAGACCUAUACAAUCACAACAACUGCUCCAUCUACAACAACAGAGACCUCUACAAUCACAGAAACUGCUCCAUCUACAACAACAGAGACCUAUACAAUCACAACAACUGCUCCAUCUACAACAACAGAGACCUCUACAAUCACAACAACUGCUCCAUCUACAACAACAGAGACCUCCACAAUCACAACAACAGCUCCAUCUACAACAACAGAGACCUCCACAAUCACAACAACAGCUCCAUCUACAAAUGCAGAGACCUCUACAAUCACAACAACUGCUCCGUCUACAACAACAGAGACCUCCACAAUCAUAACAACAGCUCCAUCUACAACAACAGAAACCUCCACAAUCACAACUGCUCCAUCUACAACAACAACAGAAACCUCCACAAUCACAACUCCUGCACAAACAUCUAAAACAAUAGAGACCUCCUCAUUCACAACAUCUCCUGCUGAAACACCAACCACAAGUGUAGCACAAACAUCUACAACAACAGAGACAUCCACAAUCACAAUGACACCUGCUAAAAUAUCCACCACUAGUUCAGGAGAAAUAUCUACAACAACAGAAACCUCCACAAUCACAACAAAACCUUACUCAUUACCUGCAACAACUACUGCAAAUAUAAUACCUGCGGUGACAAUAAAGAUGCAGUUCACGUCUUCAGACUCAUUUGUAAAUGAACUCAAUGAUCCUAUGUCCCAAGUUUACAAAGACAGGGUGAAGCGAGUCAAGGAAAUACUUGAAAUCCUCUUCAAAAGCAUCUUUCCUUCCUUUUUAAGAGCGAAUGUCCUAAGAUUCAGAUCGGGAUCAGUCAUCACAGAGACAGAAUUACUCUUCAAUGAAACACAAUCUGCACCAUCAUCUAAUAUGAUUCAAACCGCAUUACAAGAUAACUCAACUGUCAACGCACUCAACAUUAUUGCUGACUCCAUCAUAGUCAAUGACAGCUCUACAAUCACAACAACUUCUCCUGAAACAUCCACCACUAGUACAGCACAAACAUCUACAACAACUGAGACCUCUACAAUCACAACAACUCCUACUGAAACAUCCACCACAAGUGCAGCACAAACAUCUACAACAACAGAGACCUCCACAAUCACAACAACUGCUCCAUCUACCACAACUGAGACCUCCACAAUCACAACAAUUCCUACGGAAACAUCCACCACAAGUGCAGCACAAACAUCUACAACAACAGAGACCUCCACAAACACAACUCCUGCUAAAACACCAACCACUAGUGCAGCACAAACAUCUACAACAACUGAGACCUCCACAAUCACAACAACUCCUACUGAAACAUCCACCACAAGUGCAGCACAAACAUCUACAACAACAGAGACCUCCACAAUCACAACAACUGCUCCAUCUACCACAGCUGAAACCUCCACAAUCACAACAACUCCUAAGGAAACAUCCACCACAAGUGCAGCACAAACAUCUACAACAACAGAGACCUCCACAAACACAACUCCUGCUAAAACACCAACCACUAGUGCAGCACAAACAUCUACAACAACUGAGACCUCCACAAUCACAACAACUCCUACUGAAACAUCCACCACAAGUGCAGCACAAACAUCUACAACAACAGAGACCUCCACAAUCACAAUAACUGCUCCAUCUACCACAACUGAGACCUCCACAAUCACAACAACUCCUACUGAAACAUCCACUACAAGUGCAGCACAAACAUCUACAACAACAGAGACCUCCACAAUCACAACUCCUGCUAAAACACCAACCACUAGUGCAGCACAAACAUCUACAACAACUGAGACCUCCAAAAUCACAACAACUGCUCCAUCUACCACAACUGAGACCUCCACAAUCACAACAACUCCUACUGAAACAUCCACCACAAGUGUAGCACAAACAUCUACAACAACAGAGACCUCCACAAACACAACUCCUGCUAAAACACCAACCACUAGUGCAGCACAAACAUCUACAACAACUGAGACCUCCACAAUCAUAACAACUCCUACUGAAACAUCCACUACAAGUGCAGCACAAACAUCUACAACAACAGAGACCUCCACAAUGACAACUCCUACUAAAACACCAACCACUAGUGCAGCACAAACAUCUACAACAACAGAGACCUCCAAAAUCACAACAACUGCUCCAUCUACCACAACUGAGACCUCCACAAUCACAACAACUCCUACUGAAACAUCCACCACAAGUGCAGCACAAACAUCUACAACAACAGAGACCUCCACAAUCACAACUGCUGCUAAAACACCAACCACUAGUGCAGCACAAACAUCUACAACAACUGAGACCUCCACAAUCACAACAACUCCUACUGAAACAUCCACCACAAGUGCAGCACAAACAUCUACAACAACAGAGACCUCCACAAUCACAACAACUGCUCCAUCUACCACAACUGAGACCUCCACAAUCACAACAACUCCUACUGAAACAUCCACUACAAGUGCAGCACAAACAUCUACAACAACAGAGACCUCCACAAUCACAACUCCUGCUAAAACACCAACCACUACUGCAGCACAAACAUCUACAACAACUGAGACCUCCACAAUUACAACAACUCCUACUGAAAUAUCCACCAGAAGUGCAGCACAAACAUCUACAACAACAGAGACCUCCACAAUCACAACUCCUGCUAAAACACUAACCACUAGUGCAGCACAAACAUCUACAACAACUGAGACCUCUACAAUCACAACAACUCCUACUGAAACAUCCACCACAAGUGCAGCACAAACAUCUACAACAACAGAACCCUCCACAAUCACAACAACUGCUCCAUCUACAACAACAGAAAUUUCCACAAUCACAACAACUAAUACUGAAACACCAACCACUAGUGUAGCACAAACAUCUACAACAACAGAUACCUCCACAAUCACGACUCCUAAAACAUCCACCACAAGUACAGCACACACAUCUAUAACAACAGAGACCUCUACAAUCACAACUACUCCAUCUCCAACAACAGAGACUUCUACAAUCACAACUCCUGCACAACCAUCUACAACAACAGGGACCUCUACAAUCACAACAACUGCUCCAUCUACAACAACUGAGAUAUCCACAACAAUCAUAAUCACAACAACUCCUGCAAAAACAUCAUCCACAAGUGCAGCAGAAACAUUUACAGCAACAGAGACUUCCACAAUUACACCAACUGCUCUUGCUCCAUCUACAACAACCGAGAUCUCCACAAUCACAACGACUCCUGCUAAAACAUCCACCACAAGUGCAGCAGAAACAUCUGCAACAACAGAGACUUCUACAAUCACAACUCCUGCACAACCAUCUACAAUAACAGGGACCUCUACAAUCACAACAACUGCUCCAUCUACAACAACAGAAACCUCCACAAUCACAAUGACUCCUGCUAAAACAUCCACCACAAGUGCAGCAGAAACAUCUACAACAACAGAGACUUCCACAAUCACAACAAUUCCUGCACAACCAUCUACAACAACAGGGACCUCUACAAUCACAACUCCUGAACAAAAAUCUACAACAACGGGAAUCUCCACAAUCACAGCAACUGCCGCAGAAACAUCUUCAACAGCUGAGAACUCCUCAAUCACAACGACUCCUGAUAAAACAUCCACCACAAGUGUAUUACAAACAUCUACAACAACAGAGCCUUCCACAAUCACAACUCCUGUUCAAACAUCUACAACAACUCAGGCUUUAAAUGAAGUGAAAAUACAGCUGGUGCUCUACUCUAAAGAUUCAUUUACAGAUGAACUCAAAAAUUCACAAUCUCCUGCUUUCAAAAGCAAGGCUCAGCUUUUUCAAUAUUUUCUUGCAGCUCUUUUCCAGAGGUUUUCUUCAUUCCUAAGAGUCACUGUACUAUACUUCAGCGCGGGGUCGGUCAUUACCACAGCAGAUGUUGUUUUCAACGCUACACAGGAAGUCCCUUCAGAAAGCAAAAUCGCAGAAGUAUUACUGAAUGACACAAAAACUCUCAAUGGCCUCAACAUAACUUCUUUAACAAUUAAUGGUACAGAUUACCUAUCAGCCACAACACCUUUUGCUGCAACAACAGAGCCUUACACAAUAACAACUACUCCUGAAACAUCCACCACUAGUGCAGCACAAACAUCUACAAUAACAGAGACCUCCACAAUCACAACAACUGCUCCUGAAACAUCAACCACCAGUGCAGCAGAAUCAUCUAAAACAACAGAGAUGACCACAAUAACAACUGCUCCUAAAUCUUCCACCACUGGUGCAGCUCAAACCUCUACAAUAUCUCCUGUUGAAACAUCCACCACUAGUGCAGCUGAAACAUCUACAACAAGUAAGACUUCCACAGUCACAACAACUGCUCUUGAAACAUCCACCAUUAGUGCAGCACAAACAUCUACAACAACAGAGAUCUCCACAAUCAAAACGUCUCCUCCUGAAACAUCCACCACUAGUGCAGCACAAUCAUCCACAACAACAGAGACCUCCAUGAUAACAACUGUUCCUAAAACCUCCACCACUGGUGCAGAACAAACAUCUACAACAACAGAGACCUCCACAAUUACAACAACUCCUACUGAAACAUCCACCACUGGUGCAGCACAAACAUCCACAACAACAGAGACCUCCACAAUCACUACAACUCCUACUGAAACAUUCACCACUAACGCAGCACAAACAUCCACAAACACAGAGACCUCCACAAUAACAACUGCUCCUAAAACCUCCACCACUGGUCCAGCACAAACAUUUACAACAACAGAGACCUACACAAUCACAACAACUCCCAUUGAAACAUCCUCCACUAGCGCAGCACAAACAUCCACAACAACUGAGACCGCCACAAUAACUACUGCUCCUAAAACCUCCACCACUGGUGCAGCACAAACAUCUUCAACAACAGAGACCUCCAAAAUCACAACAACUCCUGCUGAAACAUCCACCACUAGCACAGCACAAACAUCUACAACAACAGAGAUCUCCACAAUCAAAACGUCUGCUCCUGAAACAUCCACCACUAGUGCAGCACAAUCAUCCACAACAACAGAGACCUCCAUAAUAACAACUGCUCCUAAAACCUCCACCACUGGUCCAGCACAAACAUUUACAACAACAGAGACCUACACAAUCACAACAACUCCCAUUGAAACAUCCUCCACUAGCGCAGCACAAACAUCCACAACAACUGAGACCGCCACAAUAACUACUGCUCCUAAAACCUCCACCACUGGUGCAGCACAAACAUCUUCAACAACAGAGACCUCCAAAAUCACAACAACUCCUGCUGAAACAUCCACCACUAGCACAGCACAAACAUCUACAACAACAGAGAUCUCCACAAUCAAAACGUCUGCUCCUGAAACAUCCACCACUAGUGCAGCACAAUCAUCCACAACAACAGAGACCUCCAUAAUAACAACUGCUCCUAAAACCUCCACCACUGGUGCAGAACAAACAUCUACAACAACAGAGACCUCCACAAUCAAAACAACUCAUACUGAAACAUCCACCACUAACGCAGCACAAACAUCUACAACAACAGAGACCUCCACAAUAACAACAACUCCUACUGAAAAGUCCACCACUAGUGCAGCACAAACAUUCACAACAAUGGAGACCUCCACAAUAACAUCUGCUCCUAAAACAUCCACCACUGGUGCAGCUCAAACAUCUACAACAACAGAGACUUCUACAAUCACAACAACUCCUACUAAAACAUCCACCACUAGCACAGAACAAACAUCUACAACAACAGAGCUCUCCACAAUUACAACAACUCCUACUGAAAAAUCCACCACUACUGCAGCACAAACAUCUAGAACAACAGAGACCUCCACACUCAAAACUUCUGCUCCUGAAACAUCCACCACUGGUGCAGCACAAACAUCCACAACAACAGAGACCUCCACAAUCACUACAACUCCUACUGAAACAUCCACCACUGGUGCAGCACAAACAUCUACAACAACAGAGACCUCCACAAUAACAACUACUUCUAAACCCUCCACCACUGGUGCAGCACAAACAUCUACAUCAACAGAGACCUCCACAGUCAAAACUUCUGCUCCUGAAACAUCCACCACUGGUGCAGCACAAACAUCCACAACAACAGAGACCUCCACAAUCAUUACAACUCCUACUGAAACAUCCACCACUAACGCAGCACAAACAUCUACAACAACAGAGACCUCCACAAUAACAACUACUUCUAAACCCUCCACCACUGGUGCAGCACAAACAUCUACAACAACAGAGACCUCCACAGUCAAAACUUCUGCUCCUGAAACAUCCACCACUAACGCAGCACAAACAUCCACAACAACAGAGACCUCCACAAUAACAACUGCUCCUAAAACCUCCACCACUGGUGCAGCACAAGCAUUUACAACAACAGAGACCUCCACAAUUACAACACCUACUGAAAUAUCCACCACUGGUGCAGUACAAACAUCCACAACAACAGAGACCUCCACAGUCAAAACCUCUGCUCCUGAAACAUCCACUACUGGUGCAGCACAAACAUCUACAACAACAGAGAUCGCCACAAUUACAAUAACUCCUACUGAAACAUCCACCACUGGUGCAGCACAAACAUCCACAACAACAGAGACCUCCACAAUAAAUACUGCUCCUAUAAUCUCCACCACUGGUACAGCACAAACAUCUACAACAACAGAGACCUCCACAAUCAAAACAACUCCUACUGAAACAUCCAACACUAACGCAGCACAAACAUCCACAACAACGGAGACCUCCACAAUAACAUCUGCUCCUAUAACCUCCACCACUGGUACAGCACAAACAUCUACAACAACAGAGACUUCCACAAUCACAACAACUCAUACUGAAACAUCCACCACUGGUGCAGCACAAACAUCUACAACAACAGAGACCUCCGCAAUCAAAACAACUCCUACUGAAACAUCCAACACUGGUGCAGCACAAACAUCUACAACAACAGAGACCUCCACAAUAACACAACUCCUACUGAAACAUCCACCACUGGUGCAGCACAAACAUCUACAACAACAGAGACCUCCACAAUCACAACAACUCCUACUGAAACAUCCACCACUAGCGCAGCACAAACAUCCACAACAACAGAGACCUCCAAUAACAUCUGCUCCUAAAACCUCCACCACUGGUGCAGCACAAACAUCUACAACAACAGAGACCUCCACAUUCACAACAACUCCUACUGAAACAUCCACCACUAGAGCAGCACAAACAUCUACAACAACAGAGACCUCCACAUUCACAACAACUCCUACUGAAACAUCCACCACUAGAGCAGCACAAACAUCCACAACAAGUGAGACCUUCACAAUAACAACUGCUCCAAAAACCUCCACCACUGGUGCAGCUCAAACAUCUACAACAACAGAUACCUCCACAUUCACAACAACUCCUACUGAAACAUCCACCACUAGAGCAGCACAAACAUCCACAACAAGUGAGACCUCCACAAUAACAACUGCUCCAAAAACCUCCACCACUGGUGCAGCUCAAACAUCUACAACAACAGAUACCUCAACAAUCACAACAACUCCUACUAAAACAUCCACCACUAGCACAGCACAAACAUCUACGACAACAGAGAUUUCUACAAUCACAACAACUGCUCCUGAAACACCCACCACUAGUGCAGAACAAACAUCUACAACAAUGAAGGCUGUGUAUGAAGUGACAGUACAGCUGGUGUUCCGGUCUACAGACACCUUUAACAAUGAGCUCGAUAAUUCACAAUCUACUGCUUACAGAAAUAGGGCUGAUCUUGUUAAGUUAACUCUUGAAGUCCUUUUCAAGAGGUUUCAAUCCUUCCUAAGGGUCAUUGUACUAAAAUUCAGCAAAGGUUCGGUCAUUACUACAUCUGGACUCGUUUUCAACUCUACUCAGGCAGUCCCAUCAUAUGAUGAAGUUGCAAACACACUAUUGAAUGACACAAAAACUCUACAAGACCUGAACAUAACUUCUUUCACAAUUAAUAAUACAGAUUACUCACCAGCCACAACAACUGCUCCUCAAACAUCCACCACUACUGAAGAAAUACUUACAACUGAGAUUUCCACAGUCACAAAAACUCUUACUGGAUCAUUGACCACUACUGCAGCACAAACAUCUACAACAACAGAGACCUACACAAUAACAACUGCUCCUAAAACCUCCACCACUGGUGCAGCUCAAACAUCUACAACAACAGAGACCUCCAAAAUCACAACAACUCCUGCUGAAACGUCCACCACUAGUGCAGCACAAACAUCUACAACAACAGAGACCUCCAAAAUCACAACAACUCCUGCUGAAACAUCCACCACUAGCGAAGCACAAACAUCUACAACAACAGAGACCUCCACACUCAAAACUUCUGCUCCUGAAACAUCCACCACUGGUGCAGCACAAACAUCCACAACAACAGAGACCUCCACAAUCACUACAACUCCUACUGAAACAUCCACCACUGGUGCAGCACAAACAUCUACAACAACAGAGACCUCCACAAUAACAACUACUUCUAAACCCUCCACCACUGGUGCAGCACAAACAUCUACAUCAACAGAGACCUCCACAGUCAAAACUUCUGCUCCUGAAACAUCCACCACUGGUGCAGCACAAACAUCCAAAACAACAGAGACCUCCACAAUCAUUACAACUCCUACUGAAACAUCCACCACUAACGCAGCACAAACAUCUACAACAACAGAGACCUCCACAAUAACAACUACUUCUAAACCCUCCACCACUGGUGCAGCACAAACAUCUACAACAACAGAGACCUCCACAGUCAAAACUUCUGCUCCUGAAACAUCCACCACUAACGCAGCACAAACAUCCACAACAACAGAGACCUCCACAAUGACAACUGCUCCUAAAACCUCCACCACUGGUGCAGCACAAGCAUUUACAACAACAGAGACCUCCACAAUCACAACACCUACUGAAAUAUCCACCACUGGUGCAGCACAAACAACCACAACAACAGAGACCUCCACAGUCAAAACUUCUGCUCCUGAAACAUCCACCACUGGUGAAGCACAAACAUCUACAACAACAGAGAUCUCAACAAUUACAAUAACUCCUACUGAAACAUCCACCACUGGUGCAGCACAAACAUCCACAACAACAGAGACCUCCACAAUCAAAACAACUCCUACUGAAACAUCCAACACUAACGCAGCACAAACAUCCACAACAACGGAGACCUCCACAAUAACAUCUGCUCCUAUAACCUCCACCACUGGUACAGCACAAACAUCUACAACAACAGAGACCUCCACAAUCACAACAAAUCCUACUAAAACAUCCACCACUAGCGCAGCACAAACAUCUACAACAACAGAGACCUCCACAUUUACAACAACUCCUACUGAAAAAUCCACCACUAGCGCAGCACAAACAUCCAUAACAACAGAGACCUCCACAAUUACAACUACUCCGAAAAUCUCCACUACUGGUGCAGCACAAACAUCUACGACAACAGAGACCUCCACAAUCACAACACCUACUGAAAUAUCCACCACUGGUGCAGCACAAACAUCCACAACAACAGAGACCUCCACAGUCAAAACGUCUGCUCCUGAAACAUCCACCACUGGUGUAGCACAAACAUCUACAACAACAGAGAUCUCCACAAUUACAAUAACUCCUACUGAAACAUCCACCACUGGUGCAGCACAAACAUCCACAACAACAGAGACCUCCACAAUCAAAACAACUCCUACUGAAACAUCCAACACUAACGCAGCACAAACAUCCACAACAACGGAGACCUCCACAAUAACAUCUGCUCCUAUAACCUCCACCACUGGUACAGCACAAACAUCUACAACAACAGAGACCUCCACAAUCACAACAAAUCCUACUAAAACAUCCACCACUAGCGCAGCACAAACAUCUACAACAACAGAGACCUCCACAUUUACAACAACUCCUACUGAAAAAUCCACCACUAGCGCAGCACAAACAUCCAUAACAACAGAGACCUCCACAAUUACAACUACUCCGAAAAUCUCCACUACUGGUGCAGCACAAACAUCCACGACAACAGAGACCUCCACAAUCACAACACCUACUGAAAUAUCCACCACUGGUGCAGCACAAACAUCCACAACAACAGAGACCUCCACAGUCAAAACUUCUGCUCCUGAAACAUCCACCACUGGUGCAGCACAGACAUCUACAACAACAGAGAUCUCCACAAUUACAAUAACUCCUACUGAAACAUCCACCACUGGUGCAGCACAAACAUCCACAACAACAGAGACCUCCACAAUCAAAACAACUCCUACUGAAACAUCCAACACUAACGCAGCACAAACAUCCACAGCAACGGAAACCUCCACAAUAACAUCUGCUCCUAUAACCUCCACCACUGGUACAGCACAAACAUCUACAACAACAGAGACCUCCACAAUCACAACAAAUCCUACUAAAACAUCCACCACUAGCGCAGCACAAACAUCUACAACAACAGAGACCUCCACAUUUACAACAACUCCUACUGAAAAAUCCACCACUAGCGCAGCACAAACAUCCAUAACAACAGAGACCUCCACAAUUACAACUACUCCAAAAAUCUCCACUACUGGUGCAGCACAAACAUCUACGACAACAGAGACCUCCACAAUCACCACACCUACUGAAAUAUCCACCACUGGUGCAGCACAAACAUCCACAACAACAGAGACCUCCACAGUCAAAACUUCUGCUCCUGAAACAUCCACCACUGGUGUAGCACAAACAUCUACAACAACAGAGAUCUCCACAAUUACAAUAACUCCUACUGAAACAUCCACCACUGGUGCAGCACAAACAUCCACAACAACAGAGACCUCCACAAUCAAAACAACUCCUACUGAAACAUCCAACACUAACGCAGCACAAACAUCCACAACAACGGAGACCUCCACAAUAACAUCUGCUCCUAUAACCUCCACCACUGGUACAGCACAAACAUCUACAACAACAGAGACCUCCACAAUCACAACAAAUCCUACUAAAACAUCCACCACUAGCGCAGCACAAACAUCUACAACAACAGAGACCUCCACAAUCACAACAAAUCCUACUAAAACAUCCACCACUAGCGCAGCACAAACAUCUACAACAACAGAGACCUCCACAUUUACAACAACUCCUACUGAAAAAUCCACCACUAGCGCAGCACAAACAUCCAUAACAACAGAGACCUCCACAAUUACAACUACUCCGAAAAUCUCCACUACUGGUGCAGCACAAACAUCUACGACAACAGAGACCUCCACAAUCACAACACCUACUGAAAUAUCCACCACUGGUGCAGCACAAACAUCCACAACAACAGAGACCUCCACAGUCAAAACUUCUGCUCCUGAAACAUCCACCACUGGUGCAGCACAGACAUCUACAACAACAGAGAUCUCCACAAUUACAAUAACUCCUACUGAAACAUCCACCACUGGUGCAGCACAAACAUCCACAACAACAGAGACCUCCACAAUCAAAACAACUCCUACUGAAACAUCCAACACUAACGCAGCACAAACAUCCACAGCAACGGAAACCUCCACAAUAACAUCUGCUCCUAUAACCUCCACCACUGGUACAGCACAAACAUCUACAACAACAGAGACCUCCACAAUCACAACAAAUCCUACUAAAACAUCCACCACUAGCGCAGCACAAACAUCUACAACAACAGAGACCUCCACAUUUACAACAACUCCUACUGAAAAAUCCACCACUAGCGCAGCACAAACAUCCAUAACAACAGAGACCUCCACAAUUACAACUACUCCAAAAAUCUCCACUACUGGUGCAGCACAAACAUCUACGACAACAGAGACCUCCACAAUCACAACACCUACUGAAAUAUCCACCACUGGUGCAGCACAAACAUCCACAACAACAGAGACCUCCACAGUCAAAACGUCUGCUCCUGAAACAUCCACCACUGGUGUAGCACAAACAUCUACAACAACAGAGAUCUCCACAAUUACAAUAACUCCUACUGAAACAUCCACCACUGGUGCAGCACAAACAUCCACAACAACAGAGACCUCCACAAUCAAAACAACUCCUACUGAAACAUCCAAAACUAACGCAGCACAAACAUCCACAACAACGGAGACCUCCACAAUAACAUCUGCUCCUAUAACCUCCACCACUGGUACAGCACAAACAUCUACAACAACAGAGACCUCCACAAUCACAACAAAUCCUACUAAAACAUCCACCACUAGCGCAGCACAAACAUCUACAACAACAGAGACCUCCACAUUUACAACAACUCCUACUGAAAAAUCCACCACUAGCGCAGCACAAACAUCCAUAACAACAGAGACCUCCACAAUUACAACUACUCCAAAAAUCUCCACUACUGGUGCAGCACAAACAUCUACGACAACAGAGACCUCCACAAUCACAACACCUACUGAAAUAUCCACCACUGGUGCAGCACAAACAUCCACAACAACAGAGACCUCCACAGUCAAAACUUCUGCUCCUGAAACAUCCACCACUGGUGUAGCACAAACAUCUACAACAACAGAGAUCUCCACAAUUACAAUAACUCCUACUGAAACAUCCACCACUGGUACAGCACAAACAUCCACAACAACAGAGACCUCCACAAUCAAAACAACUCCUACUGAAACAUCCAACACUAACGCAGCACAAACAUCCACAACAACGGAGACCUCCACAAUAACAUCUGCUCCUAUAACCUCCACCACUGGUACAGCACAAACAUCUACAACAACAGAGACCUCCACAAUCACAACAAAUCCUACUAAAACAUCCACCACUAGCGCAGCACAAACAUCUACAACAACAGAGACCUCCACAUUUACAACAACUCCUACUGAAAAAUCCACCACUAGCGCAGCACAAACAUCCAUAACAACAGAGACCUCCACAAUUACAACUACUCCGAAAAUCUCCACUACUGGUGCAGCACAAACAUCUACGACAACAGAGACCUCCACAAUCACAACACCUACUGAAAUAUCCACCACUGGUGCAGCACAAAUAUCCACAACAAGUGAGACCUCUACAAUAACAACUGCUCCUAAAACCUACACCACUGGUGCAGCACAAACAUCAACGACAACAGAGACCUCCACAAUCACAACAACUCCUACUGAAACAUCCACCACUAGCGCAGCACAAACAUCCACAACAACAGAGACCUCUACAAUAACAACUGCUCCUAAAACCUACACCACUGGUGCAGCACAAACAUCAACGACAACAGAGACCUCCACAAUUACAACAACUCCUACUGAAACAUCCACCACUAGCGCAGCACAAACAUCCACAACAACAGAGACCUCCACAAUAACAACUGCUCCUAAAACCUCCACCACUGGUGCAGCACAAACAUCUACGACAACAGAGACCUCCAGAAUCACAACGAUUGCUCCUGAAACAGUCUCCACUAGUGCAGCACAAACAACUACAACAACAGAGACCUCCACGAUCACAACAGCUGCUCCUGAAACAUCCACCAUUCGUGCAACACAAACAUCUACAACAGCAGAUACUUCUACAGUUACAACAACUGCUGCUCAAACAUCCACCAUUAGUGCAGCUAAACCAUCUACAACAACAGAGACCACCACAGUCACAACUCCUGCUGAAACACCAAUACCUAGUGUAACUCAAAAGUCUACAGCAAAAGAGACCUCCACAAUCACAACAGUUAUUCCUGAAACAUCCACCACUCAUGCAGCAGAAACAUUUACAACAACACAGACCUCCACAAUUACAACCCCUGCAGAAACCACUAGUCCACAAACCAUUAGUGCAACUCAAACAUCUACAAAAACAGAGACCUCCACAGUCACAACUCCUGCUAAAACACCCACCACUGGUGCAGCACAAACAUCUACAACUACAGAAACUUCUACAGUUACAACAACUGCUCCUGAAGCAUCCACCAUUCGUGCAACACAAACAUCUACAACAGAAGAUACUUCUACAGUUACAACAACUGCUCCUCAAACAUCCACCAUUAGUGCAGCUAAAACAUCUACAACAACAGUAACCACCACAGUCACAACUCCUGCUGAAACACUAAUACCUAGUGUAACUCAAAGGUCUACAGCAAAAGAGACCUCCACAAUCACAACAGUUAUUCCUGAAACAUCCACCACUCAUGCAGCAGAAACAUCUACAACAACACAGACCUCCACAAUUACAACCCCUGCAGAAACCACUAGUCCACAAACCAUUAGUGCAACUCAAACAUCUACAACAAUAGAGACCUCCACAAUCACAACAACUCCUCCUAAAACACCCACCACUGGUGCAGCACAAACAUCUACAACUACAGAAACUUCUACAGUUACAACAACUGCUACUGAAACAUUAGCCACUAGCGCAGCACAAACAUCUACAACAGCAGAUACUUCUACAGUUACAACAACUGCUCCUCAAACAUCCACCAUUACUGCAGCUAAAACAUCUACAACAGCCGAAACCACCACAGUCACAACUCCUGCUGAAACACCAAUACCUAGUGUAACUCAAAAGUCUACAGCAAAAGACACCUCCACAAUCACAACAGUUAUUCCUGAAACAUCCACCACUCAUGCAGCAGAAACAUCUACAUUAAGAGAGACUUACACAGUCACAACUUCUGCUAAAUCAGUCACCACUCAUGUUGCAGAAACACCUACAACAACAGAGACUUCUACAGUUACAACAACUGAGAUUUCCACAGUCACAACUCCUGCUGAAACACCGACCUCUAGUGCAGCACAAACAUCUACAAGAAAAGAGACUUCUACAGUUAUAACAACUGCUCCUCAAACAUCGACCACUAGUGCAUCUAAAACAUCUACAAUGACAGAGACCUCCAGAAUCACAAUGACUGCUCCUGAAACAUCUACAGCAGUACCUAUUGUGAUUUCCACUUCAACCGCUACUAAAAGCACCACUUUCAGUACAGCAACAUCCACAACACCAACUGCUACAACAACAUAUACAUCAGCUCAUCCUGGAACUACUACUGCAGGACAUUCCACAACAGCACCACAAACAUCUACAACGGUACCUAUUGCGAGUCCCACUUCAACCAAAACUGAAAGCACCACUGUCAGUACAGCCACAUCCACAAAACCAACAGCUACAACAACAUAUUCUUCAACAGUGAUAUCAGCUCCUGUUGGUACUACAGCUGCAGGACGUUCCACAGCAGCACCACAAACAUCUACAGCAGUACCUAUUGCGAGUCCCACUUCAACCAAAACUGAAAGCACCACUGUCAGUACAGCCACAUCCACAAAACCAACAGCUACAACAACACGUCCUUCAACAGUGACAUCAGCUCCUGCCAGUACUACUACUGCAGGACGUUCCACAACAGCACCACAAACAUCUAAAGCGGUACCUAUUGCGAGUCCCACUUCAAGCAAAACUGAAAGCACCACUGUCAGUACAGCCACAUCCACAAAACCAACAGCUACAACAACACGUCCUUCAACAGUGACAUCAGCUCCUGCUGGUACUACUACUGCAGGACAUUCCACAACAGCAUCACAAACAUCUACAGCAGUACCUAUUGCGAGUCCCACUUCAACCAAAACUGAAAGCACCACUGUCAGUACAGCUACAUCCACAAAACCAACAGCUACAGCAACAUAUUCUUCAACAGUGAUAUCAGCUCCUGUUGGUACUACAACUGCAGGACGUUCCACAACAGCACCACAAACAUCUACAGCUAUACCUAUUGCGAGUCCCACUUCAACCAAAACUGAAAGCACCACUGUCAGUACAGCCACAUCCACAAAACCAACAGCUACAACAACACGUCCUUCAACAGUGACAUCAGCUCUUGCCAGUACUACUACUGCAGGACGUUCGACAGCAGCAUCACAAACAUCUACAGCGGUACCUAUUGCACGUCCCACUUCAACCAACACUGAAAGCACCACUGUCAGUACAGCUACAUCCACAAAACCAACAGCUACAACAACACGUCCUUCAACAGUGACAUCAGCUCCUGCUGUUACUACUACUGCAGGACGUUCCACAACAGCACCACAGACAUCUACAGUGGUACCUAUUGCAAGUCCCACUUCAACCAAAACUGAAAGCACCACUGUCAGUACAGCCACAUCCACAAAACAAACAGCUACAACAACACGACCUUCAACAGUGACAUCAGCUCCUGCCGGUACUACUACAACAGGACGUUCCACAACAUCACCACAAACAUCUACAGCGGUACCUAUUGCACGUCCCACUUCAACCAAAUUUGAAAGCACCCCUGUCAGUACAGCUACAUCCACAAAACCAACAGCUACAACAACACGUCCUUCAACAGUGACAUCAGCUCCUGCUGGUACUACUACUGCAGGACGUUCGACAGCAGCAUCACAAACAUCUACAGCAGUACCUUUUGCGAGUCCCGCUUCAACCAAAUCUGAAAGCACCCCUGUCAGUACAGCUACAUCCACAAAACCAACAGCUACAACAACACGUCCUUCAACAGUGACAUCAGCUUCUGCUGGUACUAAUACAACAGGACGUUCCACAACAUCACCACAAACAUCUACAGCGGUACCUAUUGCACGUCCCACUUCAACCAAAUUUGAAAGCACCCCUGUCAGUACAGCUACAUCCACAAAACCAACAGCUACAACAACACGUCCUUCAACAGUGACAUCAGCUCCUGCUGGUACUACUACUGCAGGACGUUCGACAGCAGCAUCACAAACAUCUACAGCAGUACCUUUUGCGAGUCCCGCUUCAACCAAAUCUGAAAGCACCCCUGUCAGUACAGCUACAUCCACAAAACCAACAGCUACAACAACACGUCCUUCAACAGUGACAUCAGCUCCUGCUGGUACUACUACUGCAGGACGUUCGACAGCAGCAUCACAAACAUCUACAGCAGUACCUUUUGCGAGUCCCGCUUCAACCAAAUCUGAAAGCACCCCUGUCAGUACAGCUACAUCCACAAAACCAACAGCUACAACAACACGUCCUUCAACAGUGACAUCAGCUCCUGCUGGUACUACUACUGCAGGACGUUCGACAGCAGCAUCACAAACAUCUACAGCAGUACCUUUUGCGAGUCCCGCUUCAACCAAAUCUGAAAGCACCCCUGUCAGUACAGCUACAUCCACAAAACCAACAGCUACAACAACACGUCCUUCAACAGUGACAUCAGCUUCUGCUGGUACUAAUACAACAGGACGUUCCACAACAGCACCACAAACAUCAACCCCUAAUAAAACCACUAUCCCAACCACUAAUGCAACAACAACAACAACAACAAGGCUCUUGGCAUCUACAACUCAAGUCCCGGCGACUACAACUAUAAAAUCUGCACCCAUGUAUCUAACAACUCUGGUGUUCCGCUCUUUAGACAACUUUAUAGUUGAACUUAGCGAUCAAAACUCUCAGGCCUUCAAACAAAGGGCUCAGCUUGUCAAAUCUCAGCUUGAACCAGUCUACAGAGAAAAAUAUCCUUCCUUCAUUGAAGUUCUUGUCUUGCUUUUCAGGCCAGGGUCAGUAAUCACAGAAACAUCGCUAGUUUUCAACUACACACAAACUGUUCCAACUGUUCAAGAGAUUUCAGACACCCUUUUUACAGCAGUGUUAAAAGGAAAUGUCAAUCCACUGAACAUAACUCCUUAUUCAAUUUCAGUCAAUGGUUCGAUUAUAAACGUGACUACUUCAACAACAGCAUCGACGACAACGACGACAAUAACUGCAGUAACAACAAAAACAACAACAACAACAACAACAACAACAACAACAACAACAACAAAACCCUUGACAUCUACAACUAAAGCACCUACAACUACAACUACACAAUCUGUACCCGUGUAUCUAACAACUCUCGUCUUCCGCUCUUUUGACAUAUUUAUAAUUGAACUUAGUGAUCAAAGCUCUCAGGCCUUCAAGACAAGAUCUGAGCUUGUCAGAUCUCAGCUUGAACCAAUCUACAAACUAAAAUAUCCUUCUUUCAUCAGACUGAUUGUCUUAAGUUUCCGUGCUGGGUCAGUUAUCACAGACACCCAACUAGUUUUUAACUCCUCACAAAAUGUUCCAACCGUUCAAGAGAUUUCAGACUCCCUCCUGUCCGCAGUGGUAACAGGAGGUGUCGAUCCACUGAACAUAAUCCCUUCAACAGUUUCAGUCAAUGGUUCAGUUAUAGCUACGACUGUAGCUGCAACAACUGCAGUUACAACUACAGCUUCGAGUGGAUUAAAGACUGAAUUCAGCCUGCUCCAAGCAAUAUGGCUCAUUAUUGUAGCAAAGAUAUUGCAGCUUUUCCUAUAGACCCCUUAGCAAUGUAUGCGAGUUGUGAGAAAUGAAAGGCACGUGCAAGGCACAAAUUAUUAUAUUAGGUAAUUACAUUAUUUUUGUAUGUGUAUGUGUUUUAUUUGUUAUUUAGUGUUGUAGCACACUCUCAAAAUAUGGCAAUAUUAAUAUAUAAGCCUAAAAUGGCAUUGAUUCUCAAAGCACAAUUUGUAAUUAUUAAAAAAUAAUAUAUGUUUAUUUAUUUAUCAGCAGGUUGUAGUUAUCAGUUAAAUCAGGAAAAUUCCUAUUUUCUCAGUAUUUUAAAUAUAAUGGUUUUGUUCACCUGUCUGCAGGUAAAGACUAUUUAUACUGUAAUUCUCUUUUGUUUAGUAUGUGCAAGAUCUUAUUUUAUCUUAGUAUAAUCAAAUAAACAUAUUUAUUAAGUUCA